AUGCUUGCUGGAGGUCAGGUGCAUGGAUUUAUAGUUUUAGAAACAGAGAACAUCCAAGAAACAACAUCAGUCUUAGAGAAGAUUGAUAAGAUGAUUAGAAGCAAUGAAAAUCAAACGCCUGUCAGCUAUGGUAGCUUUCUGAACGAAGGCAGCAAGCACAAUAUAAGGGCCCGGGAUAUGCUAUUUGUGAGUCUAUUGAGUGUGAAGGGGCUGUCUAAAGUCUUUGCCAUUGCGCUUUGUGACAAAUACCAGACACUGUCGAACUUUAGAGAGCAGAUGAAAAGCCCAGAAUUCAAAAAUGGUUUGGCCAGCUUUAGAGUUAAUAAUAAAGUUGUUGGAGAUAAGAUUGCAAACAGAGUUGUCUUGCUUCUUUCAUAA